GCAUCAAAACUAGGAAAAAUAACGAGGAAUGGCUGUGGAAGAGCUUCAGUCCAUAAUAAUGAGAUGUCAAAUCCUAGAAGAACAAGACUUUAAAGAAGAAGAUUUUGGCCUAUUUCAGUUAGCAGGCCAAAGAUGCAUAGAUGAAGGGCAUAUAGAGCAGCUAUUAGAAAUUAUUCAAAAUGAAAAGAAUAAGGUCAUUAUCAAGAAUAUGGGCUGGAAUCUUGUUGGUCCUGUUGUUCGAUGUCUUUUGUGGAAUAAGGAAGAUGAGAAAAGAAAAUAUUAUUAUCUGAUGCUUGAUUUAUUGGUAAAGUUAUGUAAUCCAAAGGAAUUAUUGUUGGGUUUGCUUGAACUGAUUGAAGAGCCCUCUGGAAAACAGAUAUCCCAAAUUAUCCUUCUUUUACUUCAGCCAUUACAAACAGUGAUUCAGAAACUUCAUAACAACAAGGCAUAUUCGGUGGGAUUAGCAUUGUCCACUCUUUGGAGUCAGCUAUCUCUCCUUCCUGUUCCAUACUCAGAAGAACAAAGACAAACAGAUGACUAUGGCCUUUGUCAGUGUUGCAAGGCCUUAAUAGGGUUCACUAAGCCUUUUGUGGAAGAAGUCAUUAAUGACAAAGAAAACUCACUGGAAGAUGAAAAUGAAAAGUUAAAGGAUGAAUUACUGAAAUUUUGUUUCAAAAGCUUGAAAUGCCCUUUGCUGACAGCACAAUUCUUUGAGCAGUCCAAAGAAGCUGGAAAUGAUCCUUUAAGAUGUUUUGCAUCUGAAAUAAUAGGCUUUUUAUCAGCAAUUGGACAUCCUUUCCCCAAAAUGAUUUUUAAUCAUGGAAGGAAAAAGAGGACUUGGGACUAUCUUGAAUUUGAGGAAGAAGAAGACAAACAGUUAGCAGACUCUAUGGCUUCUCUGGCCUAUCUGGUAUUUGUACAGGGCAUCAGUAUUGAUCAGCUUCCAAUGGUCUUAAGCCCAUCGUACCUUUUGCAAUUUAAUAUGGGGCAUAUUGAAGUCUUUUUGCAAAGAACAGAAGAGUCUGUUUUCUCCAAAGGAGUGGAUCUGUUGGAGAAUGGUUUGUUGAGAAUAGAAGACAACAGUCUACUUCACCAGUACUUAGAAAUCAAGAGCUUUCUUACUGUACCCCAGGGCUUAGUCAAAGUAAUGACACUUUGCCCCAUUGAGACAUUGAGGAAAAAGAGUUUAGCUAUGCUUCAACUGUAUAUUAACAAGUUGGAUUCACAAGGCAAAUAUACGUUAUUUAGGUGCUUAUUGAAUACAAGUAAUCAUUCAGGUGUGGAGGCUUUCAUUAUUCAGAAUAUCAAAAAUCAAAUUGAUGUGUCGUUAAAGAGAACACAUAACAACAAAUGGUUUACAGGCCCACAGCUGAUCUCACUUCUAGAUUUGGUACUCUUUCUCCCAGAGGGUGCUGAAACAGAUUUACUCCAAAACUCAGAUAGGAUAAUGGCUUCAUUAAAUUUAUUGAGAUAUUUGGUUAUCAAAGAUAAUGAGAAAGACAAUCAAACUGGAUUAUGGACAGAACUUGGAAAGAUUGAGAAUAAUUUCUUAAAGCCACUCCAUACAGGACUUAAUAUGUCAAAAGCACAUUAUGAAGCAGAAAUUAAAAAUAGCCAAGAAAAUAGCCACGUCCAGAAGUCUAAAGAUCUUUGUUCUGUAACUGUAGGUGGAGAAGAGAUCCCUAAUAUGCCUCCUGAAAUGCAGCUUAAGGUCCUACAUUCAGCUCUUUUCACAUUUGAUUUGAUUGAAAGUGUUCUGGCUCGAGUAGAAGAACUCAUUGAAAUAAAAACAAAGUCUACCCCUGAAGAAAAUAUUGGGAUAAAGUGA